AUGUUCCGGUCUGCUGCUCGUUUCUGUAGAACUCCCCCGUCGUCCCGGACAUUCUUCACCAGCUCGACCCUCCGCGCUCAAGCCUCAAAGCCAGCUCCCGCUGCUGAAGAUGCACCAAUUCUUCAUUUCGUGAGGAAGAAAGUACAAGAGCGGGACAAACUUCAGUCUGAGCUUUCCGAAAAUGCCUUGACCGACGAAGACGUGAAGCGAGUGAGGCGAAUACGUGAGCUGGAACCUCUGAGCGAGGCGUUCGCUACAUGGACGAGAGCCAAGGAGUCGUUAGAGGAGACGACUCCUUUUCUCCAUGAUCCCGACACCACAAUGAAGAGUAUGGCUGAAGAAGAGUACGCCACGCUAACGAAGACUAUGUCCAAGUUGGUAGAGGACACGUUCCCCGCUCUUCUUGUGCCAGCUUCCAAGACCUCCCAUCUUUCCGCCAUCCUCGAGAUUCGCGCAGGCGUAGGAGGAUCAGAGUCCGCACUUUUUGUUGAAGAUUUGAUCGGGAUGUACACUGGCGCCACACACUCCAUGGGCUGGAGCCUCACAGACGCCAUUGUAGAGGUCAAAGGCGAGGGCGCAUACGACGCUCUGCGAUGGGAAAGUGGCGUCCAUCGGGUGCAGAGAGUACCGGCCACCGAGUCGAACGGGCGAGUUCAUACAAGCACCGUCAGCAUCAUGACUCUGCCUUUGAUCGAAGAAUCCUCUUCGAAGAAUCCUGAUGACGAGCUCUUCAAAAUGGACGAUGUCCGGAUCGAAGUUAUGCGGGCUAGGGGGGCUGCAUGUCACAAAACGGAAUCAGCCGUUCGCCUCACCCAUGUACCCACGGGUAUUACUGUGUCUAUGCAAGACGAGCGGAGUCAACAUCAAAAUCGCAGACGAGCUUUUCAAGUGCUCCGUGCGCGCCUCAUGGACCGAAAGUUGAAUGAAGACAUGGUUCAGCGGCGAGAAAUGCGCCGCAGUCUGGUUAGCAGUGCAGACCGAAGUGAGAAAAUCAGGACAUAUAACUACGCCCAGAACCUACCCUUGGUCAUGGAGGGAGACGGUUUUCAUGUCCUUUUAAGAGCUCUUCAACAACGCCACGAUGAAGAACUGUUGGAGGACGUGUUGUCGGAACAGUAA